AUGGACGCAACCAAGGACACAGAAACUGCCAAGCAGGAGGAGGUCAAGCAAGAGCUCAAGGAGGCUGUCAAGGAGGAAGUGAGAGAUGAGGUGAAAGAGGAGGAGAAGGCCGAUAUCAAGGCUGAGACUGUCGCUCCCCCAGCCGCUGCCUCUUCAUCUGAUACCCCAGUGGCCGACGCUCCGGUUGCCGAUCCUCCAGUCCCUACUCCCUCGAGCAUCACUCCUGUGCCAGCAGCAGAGUCAUCCACAGCUUCUCCUCCAGAGACUAAGCCUUCGGAGGCCGCCGUAGCUGUCACUGCUGCCGCGGCGGUGACGGCUGCAGUUGCGACAGAGGCCGUAGUAGAGAAGGCUGCCGCUGAGAAGGCUACCACUGAAGAGACUACCGCUCCUCUUGAGCCACCAGUUGAAGCAGAAAAAGAUGUUGAGCAGCCUUCCGAAAAGCCUGUCGAGAAGGCCGUCGAAGAGCCUACCGAGAAGCCUGCUGAGAAGCCCGCUGAGCAACCUACCGAAAAGCCUAUUGAAGAACCCGCUGAGAAGGUUUCCGAGCAGCCUAUCGAUAAGCCCGCUGAACAGGCCGCCGAUAAACCUGCCGAGCAGACGGCCGAGAAGCCUGUUGAGAAGGUUGUCGAGCAGCCCGUUGAGAAACCUAUCGAGAUACCUGCCGAGAAGGUCGCUGCUCCUCCUGCACCGUCGGCUGUCGAGGAGUAUGAGGAUGUCCCAGACCCCGAUGAGGACGAUCUGGACGACCUAGACGAUAUGCUGGAUGAUUUCUCUGCUGUCAAGAUAGAGUCAAAAAAGCCAGCCGCGCCUGCUGGUCCCAGUUCAACCCAGGCUGCCAAGGAGCCCGCUUCUUCCAGCAAGCAGCCAGAAGCCGAUGAUGCCUUCUCAGAAGAAGAGUUUGCCAAGCAGCUUCAGGCCGGAAUGGCAGACUUGCUUGGCGAACUCGAAAAAUCCCCGGAUAUGCAGGCACAGUUUGAAGACAUCUUCAAGCACAUCGCCGCCGCAGAAGGGGCUGGUGACGCCCCUCCUCCUCCCGCGGCGGCCUCUGCCUCGGCUGGACCUGCGCCUAGUGCACCAGCAGAGGAUGCUUCCUUUCAGGAGACGAUCCGACGGACCAUGGAGCGUAUGCAAGCAUCAGGUGACCAGGCCACGGCCGCAGCCGCCGAGGGGCCUGCCGACGACUUCAUGUCCGAGAUGUUGAAGCAGCUGUCAUCUGGUGACCUGGGCGCCCUCGGCGGUGAUGGCAGCGAGGAAGAGUUCUCCAAGAUGCUCAUGGGCAUGAUGGAGCAGCUCACCAACAAGGAGAUUCUGUACGAGCCUAUGAAGGAGCUUGACGACAAGUUUCCUGAGUGGCUCGCCAAGAACCGCAACUCGACACCAAAGGAGGACCUGAAGCGCUAUGAGGAGCAGCAGUCCGUCGUGCGCGAGAUUGUGGCCAAGUUUGAAGAGAAGACGUACUCGGACUCGAACGCGGCGGAUCGCGAGUUUAUCGUGGACAAGAUGCAAAAGAUGCAAGCAGCGGGAUCGCCUCCCUCUGACCUGGUUGGAGACAUGGCAUCCGCGCAGGAAGCUCUCAACCCCUCGGAUGAAGCAUGCAAUCCUCAGUAG